CCCAAGAAUUGAAGCCCUAUAGUUCGAGAGUCUCAGAGCUUCUGAAGUUUAUGAGGAUGGCGCAUAAACGUUUCUUCAAGCCUCUUCUUCCUGGCUUCCACAGCCACUUGACAAUUCCUGUAGCUUUCUUUUCCAAGUAUAUACAAGGAAAAAAUGAGUACCAUACGGCGAAGCUGAGAUCAGACGCGUCAAAUAUAACCUGGGAAGUGAAAAUAGAAGAUGGCCAGAAACUCACUGAUGGUUGGAAAGAGUUCGCUCUUGCACACGAUCUCCGUAUCGGCGACAUUCUCAUUUUCAGGCAAGAGAAAGACAUGGCUUUCCACGUAACACUCUUGGGACCUAGUGCCUGUGAGAUUCAGUAUGAGUCGUGUUCAGAAGAAGAGAAUAACCUCGGGAAUAUUCCAAAUAAGAAGAAUUCAGAAAGGCAGACAGAGUCUUCUUCACUAGGUCCCUCUUGUUUUUUGGCUAAUAUCUGGCCUUCGUCCCUACGCUAUGACACAUUGAACCUACCAAAGAGUUUUGUGAGGGCAAAUGGUCUAGAGACAAGCUGUGGAGGAGAGAUUGUUCUGAUGAAUGAGAAGGGUAGAUCAUGGACUUUAGUUAUAAAUCAAAAGCUAAGUGGGACUACUUACAUCAGACGAGGGUGGAGAAGUUUCUGUAUUGCCAAUGGGCUUAAAACUGGAGGUGUCUACACUUUCAAACUAAUCCAGAGAGGGGGAGCUCCGGUUCUUCGUUUGUCCUCCAUAGAGUCAAAGUCAGAGUCAGAAGAGAGAAACAUCGAGAAGAUUCAGAGGAAGAAAGCAGAGUCUUCUUCACUAGAUCCCUCUUGUUUUGUGGCUAAUAUCUCGCGUGCAACCCUACGUUAUGACACACUGAGUCUUCCAAUGAAAUUUUCAAGGGAAAAUGGUCUAGACACAAGAUGUGGAGAGAUUGUUCUGAUGAAUGACAAGGGUGGAACGUGGAAGCUAAAGCUGAAACGAAAGAGAUCAUGUGGAACUAUGUAUAUCACACGAGGGUGGAGAAGUUUCUGUAGUGCAAAUGGACUUAGAGCUGGAACUUCUUUCACUUUCAAACUGAUAAAAAGAGGAGGAACUCUGGCUCUACGUUUGACCCCUAAAGAGAGAGAAGAUUGCUCAUCAGAAGCUAAUGAAGUAGAGUCUCUUUCCACAGAACCAGAAAGCGACGAAGAGAGCAGCCAAGAUGUGGAAAAAAUCAAGAAACAUAGAUCGACAUGGAAAGCUUCAUCUUCACAAUCCCAAAACCGAUUUGUGACACUAACGCUUAGACGUUUCAAUCUUGAAAAGUAUUCACUGUUUCUUCCCUUACGCUUCACCAGGUGGCACGGCAUCGACGAAGAAACUAAAAUGACACUGUUGGACAAAAACGGUGUCAAGUGGUCGACGGUUCUGCGGUCUGGGAAAACUAAUAAUGACAAAAUAAGAUUGGUAGGAGGUUGGCAAGCGUUCUUCAAAGCCAACUGUGUGAAGACGGGUGAAUCUAUCAUUGUGAAGCUGAUAUGGGAAGGAGACAAAACUUGUGUCCUCAAGUUCUGCUCUAAGAUAAAGCAUGAGUAGACCAAAUGAAACUGUAUCUGUGUACUAUAUGCUGUUAUCUUGCUUUUUAAGUAACCAUGACGAAUUAAAAUGAAUCAACGUUUGGCUUUUUUUGUAGUUUGGGAUUUGUGAAUGUUUUUUUAUUUUUGUAA